AUGGAUGUGAGGUUCUACCCCGCGGCGGCCGGGGACCCCGCCGGCCUGGACUUCGCGCAGUGCCUGGGGUACUACGGCUACAGCAAGUUUGGAAAUAACAAUAACUACAUGAAUAUGGCUGAGGCAAACAACGCUUUCUUUGCAGCCAGUGAGCAGACAUUCCAUACGCCAAGCCUUGGGGAUGAGGAGUUUGAAAUCCCCCCAAUCACGCCUCCGCCAGAGUCAGACCCCGCCCUGGGCAUGCCUGAUGUUCUUCUACCCUUUCAAGGCCUCAGUGAUCCAUUGCCUUCCCAGGGAAGUGAAUUUACACCCCAGUUCCCCCCUCAGAGUCUGGAUCUUCCUUCUAUUACAAUUUCAAGAAAUCUCGUGGAACAAGAUGGCGUGCUACAUAGCAGUGGGUUGCAUAUGGAUCAGAGUCACACGCAAGUUUCUCAGUACCGCCAGGAUCCCUCCUUGAUCAUGAGGUCCAUCGUCCAUAUGACUGACGCUGCUCGAACUGGGAUAAUGCCUCCUACCCAGCUAACAACCAUCAACCAGUCUCAGCUCAGCACCCAAUUGGGGUUGAAUUUGGGAGGUGCCAGCCUGCCCCACACUUCUCCUUCCCCUCCAGCCAGCAAAUCAGCCACUCCCUCCCCUUCCAGCUCAAUCAAUGAAGAGGAUGCUGAUGAGUCCAACAGAGCCAUUGGAGAGAAAAGAGCUGCUCCAGAUUCUGGAAAGAAGCCCAAGACUCCAAAGAAAAAGAAAAAGAAAGAUCCCAAUGAGCCCCAGAAGCCAGUGUCAGCAUAUGCCCUGUUUUUCAGAGACACACAGGCUGCAAUUAAAGGUCAAAACCCUAAUGCAACCUUUGGAGAGGUCUCAAAAAUCGUAGCAUCUAUGUGGGACAGCCUUGGAGAAGAACAAAAGCAGGUAUACAAAAGGAAAACAGAAGCUGCCAAAAAAGAAUACCUGAAGGCCCUGGCUGCUUACAGGGCCAGCUUGGUCUCUAAGGCUGCCGCUGAAUCAGCAGAAGCCCAAACCAUCCGUUCUGUUCAGCAGACCCUCGCGUCCACCAAUCUGACAUCCUCCCUUCUUCUCAAUCCUCCACUGUCUCAACAUGGAACAGUAUCAGCCUCUCCUCAGACUCUCCAACAAUCGCUCCCUAGGUCAAUCGCUCCCAAACCUUUAACCAUGAGACUCCCUAUGAACCAGAUCGUCACUUCAGUCACCAUCGCAGCCAACAUGCCAUCGAACAUUGGGGCUCCACUGAUGAGCUCCAUGGGCACGACCAUGGUUGGUUCAACAUCCUCCACCCAAGUGAGUCCUUCCGUGCAAACGCAGCAGCAUCAGAUGCAGUUGCAGCAGCAGCAACAGCAACAGCAGCAGCAGAUGCAGCAGCAGAUGCAGCAGCAGCAACUCCAGCAGCACCAAAUGCAUCAGCAAAUUCAGCAACAGAUGCAGCAGCAGCAUUUCCAGCAUCACAUGCAACAGCACCUGCAGCAGCAGCAGCAGCUGCAGCAGCAGAUCAACCAACAGCAGCUGCAGCAGCAACUGCAGCAGCAUCUCCAGCUGCAGCAGCUGCAACAACACAUGCAACAUCAGUCUCAGCCUUCUCCUCGGCAGCACUCCCCUGUCACCUCUCAAAUUACGUCCCCUCUCCCUGCCAUUGGGAGCCCCCAGCCAGCCUCGCAGCAGCACCAGUCACAAAUACAGUCUCAGACACAGACUCAAGUAUUAUCACAGGUCAGUAUUUUCUGAAGACAUAUAUGGCAGAUGGAGCUGCAUGUCUGGAGGAGAUUGGCAGAGAAGGGGUAAACCUUUUGUGGCUGAACCGGUGUAAGUUGUGUUGGUUAUGCAGAAAUGUGUAACAGAUCACGUGGUCCUCGCAAAGUGUCUAUUAGAUAGGCAAUAAGAACUACAGUGUAGCUGAGUAUCAUCUUUUAGCUGACUAUAAAUCACUUUGUUUUUAAACAAGAAAGCUGUGCUCUUGUAUAUGAUGCCUUUUUUAUUUAUUCAGGCUAUACCUACGAUAUGUGAAUCGAACCAUAUAAUGAAUCCUGGGACAUACUGAUGACUAGAAACUGGCCUCUCUGAGUCAUAGAAAAUGGCUUUAUUUCUUCAGAAGUGAAUAAACCACACUUCAAGGCUAUCUGAACUUCCGAAGUCCUAAAAAUAAAAAGCACAGUUGUAACUACCUGAAAUAAUGAAGAUCCGGUUUCAUACAAACAUUUGUAUGAUGUGAAUAGUUGAUGGCAUUUUUUGUCAUGAAAAAAAUAAUGUAA